CGCGACAUCAUCGAGGUCCGUCGGCGAGCCUCAUCAUUCUCGCGCCUCACUCCUUUCCAUACCACCCAGGAUUCCUGCAGGGCUGGCGCUUGGCCUGGAAGACGACCAAUUGACCCGCCACACACCUCCGAGCUUGUCGUCGCACGCAGCGCAACCGCACGCAUCGCGCAGCUGCCAACACCAUGAGCCAGGCAGGAGAUCGUGACGGCGCCUCUGGCCCGCCUGCUUCCGUGAGCAACACGCGCCUCUAUCUGGGAAACCUCCCUCGCAAUGCUACCAAGGCCGAUGUUGAGAACCAUUUCAACACCCAUGGCACCGGCGAGAUCACGGAGAUCAAGCUCAUGAAUGGCUUCGGCUUUAUCGAAUACAAAGAUGCUAUGGAUGCGCGUGAUGUCGUGCCAGCCUUCCAUGGAUCUGAGUUUAUGGGCGAGCGCCUCGUCGUUCAAUUCGCAAGAGGCUCCACCCGCCCGCGAGAGGGAUUCGAGCACCAACCGCGCAUGGCUCCUCGACCUCGUCGUACCAUCCACAGGAUGACCAUCACCGGCCUCCCAUUCGAGACCAGCUGGCAGGACCUGAAGGAUUUCGCACGUCAGUCCGGACUGGAUGUCGUCUACAGCGAGGUCAACCGCGAGCGCGACCCCAGCGGUACCGGCAAAGGCUUCGUCGAGUACGAGACUGCCGCCGACCUAGCAUCUGCUGUCGAGAAGCUCGACAACUCAGAAUUCAAGGGUUCAACGGUCCGCUGCAUUUCGGACCCUCAAACCGACAUUCCCCGCCCACGCGAGCGAUUCCGAUCACGCUCUCCAGGCUU